CGCGACAGUAGCAAGUGGAAUAUGCUACAGUUACAAUUAAGGGACCACGCCUUCUGCUCUCUCCACUUUCAAAAUUACAGUAUUUAUACGUUCCCUAGAGCAACUCGCUGUGAGGCUUUCUCCCUUACACUGGUGUUAACAGUCUGAAGCUGGCAAAUGACUUUUUAAUUUUUUACCCCUCUUUUAUUAUCGCGAGAACCCCAGACCGAAGGCUUGCAUGGACCUACUGUGCUCCGAGUAUUACUGCUGAGUGUGUUGAGUGGGAAUAACAGCGGUGCGGUUCUCUAUUUUUUUUUAACCAAGGGACUGCACGCUCAUAUGAACAUGACGAUGGAAUGCCUCUUUUGUUUUUAUUUAAUAUUGUUUUCAACCGUGCAGUUAAUUAAUUGUGUCCAGCCUGUCGACAAGGCUGAAGAACAAAUUCCAACAGAUAAACUGCUUGUCCUUACUGUUGCUACUCAGGAGACUGAUGGCUUUCUCCGCUUCAUGCAGUCUGCAAAUUACUUCAACUACAAUGUGAAGGUGCUUGGGAUGGGAGAAGAAUGGAAAGGUGGAGAUGUUGGAAGGUCCAUUGGCGGGGGCCAGAAAGUACGGCUGCUCAAGGAGGCAAUGGAAAGCUUGGCUGACCAAGAGGAUCUCAUAGUCUUGUCUGUGGACAGCUAUGACGUCAUCUUUGCUGGCGGCCCUGAAGAACUCCUAAAGAAGUUCCAACAAGCCAAUCAUAAAGUGCUGUUUUCCGCCGAUGGGCUAAUAUGGCCGGACAAGAGGCUGGGGGAGAAGUAUCCCUCCAUACGCAGCGGAAAGCGCUACCUCAACUCAGGAGGGAUCAUUGGCUACGCCCCCAAUGUGUACAAGAUUGUGCAGCAGUGGGACCUUCACGACAACGACGACGAUCAACUCUUUUACACUAAAAUCUAUGUGGAUCCACUUAAAAGAGAGAAUCUGAACAUGACUCUGGACCACAGGUGCACGAUUUUCCAGAACUUAAAUGGAGCAGUCGAUGAAGUUCUGCUGAAGUUCGGAACAGGGAGGGUGCGAGUGAGGAACUCGGCCUACGACACCCUGCCCAUAGUCGUCCAUGGCAACGGAUAUACCAAAAUGUACUUGAACUUCUUGGGAAACUACAUCCCCAAUGCUUGGAACUACGAGAAUGGCUGUGGUGUGUGUGAUCAGGACAUGGUGGAUUUAUCACAAGUUCAAGAAUAUCCAAGCGUCAUGGUCGGUGUGUUUAUCGAGCAGCCAACCCCAUUUCUGCCAGAAUUCUUCCAGCGCCUUCUGAGUUUGGAUUACCCGAAAGAUAAAUUGACGGUUUUCGUUCAUAACAAUGAAGUUUACCAUGAGAAGCACAUCCAAAAGUUUUGGGAGGAGAAUAAGAACACCCUCAAGAGUUUUAAAGUCGUGGGUCCUGAGGAGAUGCUGAGCCAAGGAGAGGCCAGGAACAUGGGAAUGGAUUUGUGCCGCCAGGAUUCAGGGUGUGACUACUACUUCAGCAUAGAUGCAGACGUGGUGCUGACCAACAGACAGACUCUCAAGCUCCUCAUUGAGCAGAACAGGAAAAUAAUUGGUCCGCUUGUCAGUCGUCAUGGUAAACUUUGGUCGAAUUUCUGGGGAGCCCUGAGUGCGGACGGUUAUUACGCUCGCUCUGAGGACUACACUGACAUUGUUCAGGGGAAGCGUGUUGGCGUGUGGAAUAUUCCAUAUAUGGCUCAUAUAUACCUAAUAAAGGGUGAGACUUUGAGAAAAGAGCUGAAGGAGAGGAACCAUUUUAUCCUGGAGAAACUGGAUCCUGACAUGGCUUUGUGCAGAAACGCUAGGGAGCUGACAAUACACAGAGAGAAAGACUCCCCUUCUCCGGAAUCAUUCCAUAUGCUCAGGCCCCCAAAGGGUAUUUUCAUGUACAUUACAAACCGUCAUGAAUUUGGAAGGAUAAUAUCCACUGCUAACUACAAUACUUCACAUUAUAACAAUGAUUUGUGGCAGAUAUAUGAAAAUCCAGUGGACUGGAAGCAGAAGUACAUCCACCCGAACUAUAGCCGCAUCUUCACAGAAAACCUCGCAGAACAGCCCUGUCCAGAUGUCUUCUGGUUCCCUGUGUUAUCUGAAAAGGCCUGUGAUGAAAUGGUCGAGGAGAUGGAAAACUAUGGCGUAUGGUCUGGUGGAAAACACCAGGACAAGCGCAUCACAGGGGGUUAUGAAAGUGUUCCAACAGAUGACAUCCACAUGUCCCAAAUAGACUACGAGAAGGAAUGGCUCCAUUUCAUCCGGGAGUUUAUUUCACCAGUAACGCUGAAGGUCUUUUCCGGCUACUACACAAAGGGCUAUGCCUUGCUUAACUUUGUGGUGAAGUACACUCCAGAACGACAGGCCUACCUGAGGCCCCACCAUGACACCUCCACGUUCACCAUCAACAUUGCACUGAACAGCAAGGGGGCAGACUUCCAGGGAGGUGGCUGCCGAUUCCAUAGGUAUAACUGCUCCAUCGACUCUCCAAGGAAGGGGUGGAGCUUCAUGCACCCAGGCAGACUGACUCACCUUCACGAAGGCCUGCCCACAACCAAAGGAAUCCGAUACAUUGCAGUGUCCUUUAUUGACCCCUGAUUCUUUGCCACAAAUCCAGACUUCACCUUGGUUGUAUUUUUCAGUAUUUCAAAUUUUUUAGAUAUUGUUUAAUUUUGUUUUUUUUCUCAUAUUUUCUUGUCAACAUUAAAAGAAAGAUAAGACCAUGGAGAAACUUUGGGGGGAGAACAGAGAUUUUGUCCACCAUAAAGUUUAAUGCCUAAAGGGAAAAUGACUGGAUUACUCCUUUCUGUGCAAUCAGGAUGUCAGGUAAUGUUCAUACUAUGAAUCAUGCAUUUUCUCUAACAUUUGGCAUUGCUGAAUGGCUACUUUGCAGUUGAACAUUCCUUCAGAAUCUUUUUCUUUUUUCCAUUUUUGUAUGCCAUUGUUUGGUUCAGCUUUCUGAAAAUGCUGUCAUUAGAAUUAGAUUGACAGAUAGGUAUUGUGCAUCAACUUUGACUGGUUAUAUACCCAUAAACAGUGGCGCCAGCAGGAAUCUCAGGGCCAAGGACAGAUUGUGGCAUGUGCCCCCCACCCACAAACCGUUGCUGAAAUCAAUAGCUCCACAUUUUUUAUCUUUAUACCCACAUGCAUAAAAUAGAAAGAUUAUGAAUCAGGCUGGUGAAUCAAUCUAAUUUAUUUUGUUGCCUUUUGUUGCUCCUAUGCCCAACAAUUCUAGCUAGUUAUCUUACAUCUUUUUCACUCUGCAGGAUACCUGUCAAGCAGUUUUUUCUCCAAGUCAGUAUUUCCAUUUUUUGUUUUGUCGUAAUGUUGUGUUAUUUUUUGAAAUUAGGCUGUAGAUUCAUUUCAUUUUUUGUUACAUUUUUCUUUGUGUUUUUACGCUCCAGGUGUCUCAAUAAACGGCAUGUCGACAAUGACGUUAGCUGGCUUGCAGUUGAAUUUUUUAAAGGCAAGCUGAUAUAAAAGACAGGACAGUUUGACUAAUGGGACAGAAAAUAAAUAAUGAGGAUAAAAUACAGUAUAAUUCCUGACACCAUUAUUAUAUUUAAUAACCAAGUUAUUGGGAAGAAAUUCUUUUUUGGGGAGUACAUUCAAAUGUAGCUUACCUUUAUUGGCCCCACGUUGGCCUAGUCCAACCUAUCCUCCCACCCCUGGCUGUGCCACUGCUCAUGAACAGAGAAUAUUAUAUAUUUUGUAACCUUUGGGCAGCACGUAAAAAAACAACAGAAUUAAAAAUUCUGGGUGAAGUAAGUUUUAAAAUGGCAAAGGUUUUACUUGAAAUGUCUUUCCAUGAAACAAUCUGGAAUGGGCUGUAGUUUCUUAACUGAUAGCAUUUUGUAAAUCUAUUUCAGACUGUUUAUUGUUUAUGAGUUUUUUUGUUUAUUGUGAGUGAACUCAGCCAAAUCAAAUGCUUAACUUAUUGUGAUCGUGAUGGAAACAAACAAUAAAAAAAAAAUAUUUUUAAAGUUUAA